AAAUCAAAACAUGGCGCGAAGUAUCCAGGAAUAAAAGGACUCAGUGUUUUCCUUUCUUGUUUAGUUCAUUUUUUGAGAAACUUCCUAGUAAGGAGCUGCAGCAAGCUCAGGGAAGGUUUCUCGCUUCAUGAGUUCCUCCAAAGGAGUCUCACGAGGUGGCUCUUUUGCAGGAAAAAAUACAAAAAAGUCGGAGGGUUUUUGGGGCUACCACAGUCUUGCUCGCGACGGAAUAAAUCUUCUUCUUAACAAUGGCUUUGAAGAAUCACAAAAAUUAUUCAAGAACCACAGUGAUGGUAACCCUUUGAUGAGUGCUGGGUCAGGAAUGGUUGACUUUGUCCAAGCCAUCCUGACAUUUGAAGAUGACCAGCUAGACAGAGCACUAGAAAAUUUAAAGAAAUCCCAGAGAGUCUGCUAUAUAGAGAGUAGCAAGAAAUCUAGUAUUGCUAUGGAUGAACGGCUGAUGAGACAGAUUCUAUAUGCAGACUCUGAACUCUAUAUGGCAUUGCUUACUUUUCUAAAACAAGGUAUUACAGAUUAUAUCAAGGGAGGGUAUUUAAUGCGCCGUGCAUGGAAAUUGUAUGACAAGUGCUAUAGGGAGAUAAGUGAAAUUGGUGGACCAUUCCUUAACUGGUCACCAGAGAUCACUGUUCAAGAAAAUGGUGCUUCUGAUGCAGAUGCUGAGGAAGUGCCAGACCUGGAGUCAACUGAGGCUGAGGAACAAGAUAUGUUGACAGUAUUAGAAGAACCUUCAAGUGCUGGUACUCCAUCGUUAUUAAGAAAGGCCUCCAAAGAGAUAGGGUCUGACAAAUUACGACAUCUGCAGGCGGCCGUGUCCUGUGGCUACGGCUUGUUUCAUCUGGCUAUAUCCUUGGUGCCUCCUAAACUCCUUAAGUUUUGUCAUUUGCUUGGGUUUUCUGGUAAUAGAGAUGUUGGUCUGCAAGCAUUGGAUAUAGCUAGUCGUAGUGAUGACAUGAAAGCCCCUGUAGCAAGGUUAACUCUGCUAUGGUAUCAUUCCGUCAUACGUCCAUUCAUAGCCCUUGAUGAGGGUAAUAAUGAAGAAGGUAGUCUAUCAGUUGGCUAUUAUUAUCCCAAUGCUUCCAGACUUACUACUACAUCUUGUCUAUUAAAAGCCACUCAGAUGCUAGAGGAAUCAUCACAAGACUACCCUUCAUCUGCUGUCUUCUUAUUUUUCAGAGGUCUAGUGUCCAGAUUAAAGGGCAAUGUUCCUCUAGCUUUACAGGAGUUCCAUCAAGCUAUGCAUGCUGCUGCAGAACAAACAGAAAUAGCACUUAUUUGUCAAUAUGAGAUAGGGUGGUGUCACUUACUACAGUUAGAAUGGGAUUAUGCACUUCCAUCAUUUUUCAGACUGAAAGAGGAGUCCAAAUGGUCUCAAGGAUACUAUGCUUAUUUGUGUGGAGUGACCAUUGGAUUGUUAGGCAGUAACAGUGAAGCCCAAACUCAGUUCAAAUCUGUAUUGAAAUUAGUCAAAAAGAAAACACCUUUGGAGGAAUUUCUCUUCAGAAGGGCCUCACAGUACAAGAAAAUUGAACCAUCAGAAGAUGAUUGUCUACUGAUGGCAUUAGAACUGUUAUAUGUAUGGAGGGCUUUCUACUCAUGUAGUCAGGAUGUUCUACACAGAAUGGCUAGAGAUUUAGAAGGAUGUAGGCCUAGCUCUAAUCUAAUACCCCUUAAAAUAUUGAUGCAAGGGUCUGUUUUUCAAAUACUGAAGAACAAUGACAUGGCUGUUAAGUAUUUCCAGGAAGCUAUUCACAAGUCUGGUAGAUCACCACCUGAUUCCCAUGUACCGCCAUUCGCUACCUAUGAACUAGGAGUGUUGUAUGCUCAGGAUACGCGGACAAGUGACAAAGGAGAAGAAUUACUCCGGCGUGUUAAGGAUAAUUACAAUGGGUACGACUUUGAGAACCGGCUCAGUUUUAGAAUCCACGCCGCAAUGGCUCGGAUAGAAGAACGAAAGCUAGAAAGCGCUAGUAGUAAUCUGAGAAAGUAGUGUAAGUAUUCUAUGCUAGAUUACUUUUUAUAUGAGUGGGAAACAUUAUACGGUAAUGACUUAGAGCAGUUUUCGUAUGACUGUGAAAAGCUCAGAGCCGGAAGCGUGACGUGCCGUGACCGUGAUACUUUCUAGAAUUUUAAU